AUGGCCCACGACGCGUUUCGCUUGAUUCCGCUCUCUGGCCACGACCGAGGGCUCUACGAGACGCUGCACCGGUCCUUUCCCCGCGACAUGGUCACCAAGGCGCGACUACUCGGUGUCUUUCGCGACAUUUACGGUCUCGAAUGCGGCGCGGACCUGGACAAGCCAAAGCGCCUCUUGCUCAAGCAGCUCGAACGACUGCACUACUGGUGUGAGAACUCGACGUCCAAGAUCCCCACGUCGCACUCGAUGAGCACACUUGUGCUCAACUGGCGCCGCCUCCUCUGUGCGUUUCGCGCCUUGCGGUACCCCGCGCAGAGCGAAGAGGACCUCUUUCGCUGGUGCUUCCUCGUCUUUAGCUCGUCCGGGUACCUUGACGAGUCUCCGCAGGCGACCAUCUCCCGCCAGCAACUGUACGAGAUCUUCAACAUGCUCAGCCCCAACCACGCGUGCUCGCGCAUCCUCAACCAACGGAUUGCACAAGCCGACAAUUUGCUACCCGUGUCGGUGCUCGUGCGCGAUACCAUUCGCUUCCAGCAUAUGCAGAGUCUCAUGGCGCAGCCGCCGCUACAAGAGCUCUUUGCCCCGGCGUCUAAAGCAACGCACUUCUUCCACGAGCUCACGAGUCCGUGCAUCCGCGAGUAUUUGUAUCUCGCGCGAAAAGACGCCCAGGACAAGGCCACAUGCCAGCGGUUCCUGCUCCAAUACAAACGCCGCAGCUUGCGCAAGUGCAUGCGCGAGUGGUUGCUGUAUGUUGACGCGCGCCACCGUGCGCGACAAACGGCCAUUCGCUGCCUCUUGCAUCUCUCGACGUACAAGCAAGCCAACGCGUUUGAGAAUUUAAAAGAACACGCGUUGCAAGACGUCGCCGCGUCCGAGAUCCAGCGCGUCUACCGAGGGCUGCGGGGGCGCAAACUCUUUGUCUCUGUCCUCGCCACGUAUGAAGCGGCCGUCAGCAUUCAGCGCAUCUAUCGGCAGCGCGGUGACUUUCUCAAGUACCUCAAACGACUCCAAAUGCAGAGUCGGUUUGCCAUCAAAAUUCAGCGUGUCUUUCGUGGCUGGCGAGGCCGCGUUCUUGCGCGCAAGGUGCUCCUCGCGUACUUCCAAGCCGAAAUGGCCAAGAUCCAAGCCGACCGAGCAGCUUUUUACGCAACGAUCCGCGACCACGCCGCGCGACAGCUUCAACGCUUCUGCCGCAAAUGCCACCGCCACGUCCAAGAAAAGAAGGCAGACGACAACUCGCGCGAAAAUCGCCGCGUCGAACUCGAGAUGCAAGCACUUUUGGACGCGGCGUCGCGGCAAAAGCAAGACCACAAGCGCGCGGUGACCGAGUACUACGACACACUGCGCGAACAGACGCACGCGGCUGAAGCGCGGCGCAAGAUCGACGACAAAGAAAAGCAAAAGGUGACGCUGCGCCGUCGGCGGCGCGAGUGGGAAGAGAUCUUCCGUCAACGCGACGAGAAAGCCGCGGCCAAAGCGCGCGAGAAAGCCGAGAAAUGGACACAAUUCCAAGCCGAUUGGAGCACUAAGGUCGAGAGCCGCGCGAACCUUGUCCGCGCACAGCUCCAAGAACUCUUGCUGCGACCGACGUCCAAGGAGCAAGACGCGAUCAAGGCCGACCUCGAACGCCGCACGACCCAACACUUUAAGGCACAACGAC